CCCAGGGCUUGGGCCUGGCUAGAGCCUUCACAAACCACAGUGCAGGUGGUCUUCCUGUCCUGCACGCAGAGCUGCCGGAGCCUUCGUGGUCACGUGACACCAAAAGCUUAAACGCAUACACGAGCCUCAGGACUUGGCUCAUGGCACUGCAGCAGGUCGUCAGGCCCGGCACAGAGGUGAGCUGUGUUCUCCCAGGGCCCAUCACCCUUCCACCUCCUUGGUCAUUGGCACCUGUGUCCCUGGCCUAGCUGCACCCAGCUACUCCCCAGUGCAGCUGGCGUGUCCCACCUCUGGUGUGGCCUGGGCUGCUGUGUGUUCUCAGGGCCAGCCACAUCUGUUCUAGCUUGUUUUUUCUUUCUGAACCAGCACCUACUCGAAGAAGCCUCUGCUCAGCUCAGCGGGGAUGCUUCCUUCUAAGCUCUGGCCGAGCCUCUGGGGAACCUUGGUGGUCAGUGGUGUAGUCAUCUUGGGAUGCAAAUGUCUAACCCACCAACCUGCAAGAACGAAAGCCCCGUGGCUUCCUCUGGUGCAGGGCAUUCAGCAAAUAUGCUGAGGUCCUGUCUGGUUCUGGCUAAUUGGCAGGGGUCAUCUCCCCCCAUUCUUUCCCUGCUGUGCUGUGCAUGUCAGCAGAGACGAGCCCAGUCAGCCAAGGGGGCAGCUCCUGCUGCCUGUUCUGAGGCACAUGCGGGGGUUCCUUCCUCUGAGCAGGGAUAGGGAGCACUUGGCCAGAAGGAUGUGGAUGGGCCCAGCCAGUUACAAUUCUCCCUGGUUGCUCAAAGCAUUUGAUGUGGGGCAUGCCACCUGGGCUCCCUAAAUCUGUCUCCUCAUAGAUGACAUUGCUCCAGGGCCCCCCAAUGGCCUCUGAGACCUGGUCGCCUCAGGGAAAUGAAGCACUGCCUUCUCCCUGGUUCAAGUGUGGACAGCCAGACCCUUGGCACACUGAGCACACUGGCAUGGCUGGUAAUUUCAGAAAGAAAAGGGGCCGGGUCCAGUGGGAAGGAGUGGUGAGCCCGUGAGUGGGCUUUGCGAUCCUGGCACCAUGGCAGAGAUACCCUCGCACAGCCUCCCUCUUCCUCAUUGGAGAGCACACCCUGCCCCCCCCCGCCCCCCGAGGAGCGGCUGCAGAGCUGAGGAUCCCUCCUGCCCCUUCGCAAGGCUGUGCUCUGUGCUUUCGGUGGUAUUCAGUUUUGGCUGGCACUGGCUUUCUUCCAAAGAGGAUCUGGAAGUCAAUUCCCCUGUGCGGAGCGUGGAGCGCCGGAAGUCAGAUGAGGAAAGUAGCCAGCUCGUGAUGAGUACCGGGUGGAGCCACAAUAGAAGGGACUGGGUAGGGGCCUUGCCUCCGCAUGAGGUGGCAGCCAGCCAAGGACUGAGGAGGCCCUGCUGCCGGUGGUGUGGGGUGCACCCCUCAGGGAAGCCUGCAGUGGGGCCCGAGGAAAGAGGCAUUCCCCGCGGGCCCAUGAGUCUGGUCCAUGAGCACCGUGACAGUGCCCCUGGGCACAGAGGUGGACCCAACCUUGUGGUGUCACCAAGACUUCUUUUGGGAAACCAUGUGGACAUCCCUUGAGGUUCCCCUGGGCUCUGCAGCACCAGCAGCCUGGCUGUCCAUUGGGCCGGUGGCUUACGCCACCCAGAGGGCCUGGCCCUGUUGUAGCCACACCCUCUGGGGUCCCUGUGGUGGGGCCGGCUCUCUCCACCCUACUCCAGGCCUCCAUGUGUCCUGAGCCGUGGGUGGGCCCCAUGGAGCCAUCAGGUCAGGGUCAGGGUCUCCUCGGAGGUGGAGGACAAAGUUGUGGGUCUGGGUUCCCCUUGUGUGCACAGGCCCCUGCCCUCUGCGCUUGGGCAGGCAGCUGGCCCCAAAACUGCUGGAACAGGCUGGCCCUGAGGUGGCUCCUGGCCCCUGUGCCCCCCAGACAGCCCACCCACCCCACCUUCCACCCUGCCCCAGUGGUGGCAGUGCCGGCCACAUCCUUCCCCUCCUGACCCCAGUUGCUCUGGGGAAGUCCAGGCUCCUCAGUCUGCCCAGGGUCCCCCCUGAUUUGGGCCCAGGACUCCAUGUGCUUCUCUGCCUUCGUCCAAGCUCCAAGCUCCUCAGCUGCCAAAUCCCCACCCAUCUGCACAGUCUGUGCUCACCACUGCUGCUCCUGGAAGGUGCCCCUUGAUGGGAUGCCCGCCUCUUCUGUAGUCUACUGUGUUGGGGAGCCCUCCUGCCCCCACCCUUGGUCACUUAGUCAGUCCCCAUGCCCUGCAAGUGGGGCAGAGAAGCCACCCAGAAAUGCUGAGUGGGAUGAGAGUCUGGUUGGGCCCUGCCUCAUUAUUUAGCGGGGGAGAGACCUAGGGAGCAUGCUCCUUGCCUAAGCACAGCAGGGCCCCAGCCCGUGUCCCAGGUCUCCACCAUGGACAGCUCCUGCAGAGGCCUGACUUAUCCCUUCUCCCGCAGGUGCUGCUGGGUGGCCAGCCCCUGGCCCUAGGAGACCCUGCAGCGAUUGAGGGUCACAGCAGGCCAUGCAGCAGUGCCAAGGUACGAUCCCUGCCCCCCAGCAGGGGACAGAUGCAGGGACCCUUCCAGGCAGGGGCAGCUGGGUGCCUGGUGCUGCCAUCUGCUGUCCUUGGAGGUCACUGUGAGGGCUGUGCCUCAGAAAAGGCCAUGGAGCUUGCCCUGUCCAGGGCCUCCUGUGUGCAUGGAGCCUGGGAAGAGAGGGUUGGAGUUGAGCCUUUUACCCUGGAAAUGCUGCCUGGAGGGUGGUGCAGCCCUGCCAGCCAGGGCUCUGCCUCCCUGUGCCCAAUGGAACUCAGGCACGCAGGAGUGUAGGUGCCUCCUCUAGAGCUGUCAGGUGGGAGCCCCCAGCACUGGUGGUGGUGCCCACUGCCCAGCACCUGCCCCUUCAGCCAGGAGAGCAGGCCUGACGCUGUCCCCCCAGCAGCUCCAAGGCAGAUUUGUGGAAAGGCGUAGGGGUCAGGUAGGGGCCCCAUGACCACCCCAGCAUUCGCCAUGCUGGGUGAUAGAGUCAGGUCCUGUUACUCUGUUGUGGAGGUGAGGAAACGGAGGCUAGCAGGGAGGACAUGACUAGGGUCCACGCUGAGUCACUAGAGCUGCGACCCAGAACACACUGCUGGGCCCCCAUGCCUUUCUGCCUACCCCAUGUGCCAUGUGCCGGGAGAUGCCAAGAGAUGCUGGGAGCCAGCCCCACCUCUGUGCCUGGAGUCAUGGCUCUGGAGAGGGCAUUCAGACAGGUCCCCAGCCUCACUGGAGCGGGCCAAACCCUGUUCCUGAGGAGUCAGGGGCUCCCUGGAGGUGGGUAUCUACUCACUCCUUCAUCUGCAGCCACUCCAUGGAGCUGUCUGUGCCAGCCCCCAGCACCGAGAGCUGACCUUGGCACAGUGCUAGGCAGUAGGGAUGGUGUCUCCUGAGGCCCAGAAGGAAGGGGCUGGACGAGUCUCGUGGGGCUGAUGGUAGGGCCAGGCCUUGACAAGGGCCCGGUAUAGGGGUACAGAGCCCCCUCUAAGUUCCUCACACAUCCCUGGGGCCCUCCCAGUACACUUCCUAUCCUGCCUGCAGGCAAGAGGGAGCCCCAAACAGGCCUCUCCACGCUGGGCACCCACAGUGGGGCCAGGCACCCCUGCCAUGCCCCUGCCCUUUCCUUCCCCUGAGUGCCUCAACCCGACCUCUGAGGUGCCUCAGGGAACAACAGGGGCAGUGGGCAGAGGCUGAGGUGUUGCCCCACUCCAGGCUCAGCUCCCUUCCUGGGGCAGCCCACACCUGAGAUUCUCCUGCAGUUGUCCAGGCCUGAGGUGUGGGGAUCGCUCCCGUGUGAGGCCCCUAGGAAAUGGGCCUCGCCAUACGGUGAGCUUGAGCCCGGACACAGAUCCCCGGUUGGGGGGAGUCGAGCUGAGGGAAAGCAGGAACCGAGAGAGGGACUAUGCUAUUCAAAAUAAUUAACAGACAUUACUUUAUGGAUAUGAGGACAUGGGAGGCAUUGUGUCCACUUUUGGCUCCUUGUGGUUUAUUGUUUCAUUGUGUUCAUUUUUGGAUCCUUGCUACAUUAGUUGUAAAAUAAUAAAGUAUUUACAACUGGGUGUAACUUACUUACCUUGUGACUUAAUUUAUUUACAAUUGUUAAGUAUUUACAACUGGGCAUAACUUACCUUGUGACUUAAGUAUUUACAAUUGUUAAGUAUUUACUGGGCGUAACUUACUUACCUUGUGACUUAUUUACAAUUGUUAAGCAUUUACAACUGGGCGUAACUUACUUACCUUGUGACUUAAGUAUUUACAAUUGUUAAGUAUUUACAACUGGGCGUAACUUACUUACCUUGUGAGUUAAGUAUUUACAACUGGGGGUAACUUACUUACCUUGUAACUUAAGUAUUUACAAUUGUUAAGUAUUUACAACUGGGCGUAACUUACCUUGUGACUUAAGUAUUCCAUUAUACUUAUUUGAUGUAAGGAGACUUUUGUGUUUUAUGUAAGCAACUCUACUUAUAACAUAUAUAAUCAGACCCUGAGCGCAAUAGAGUUGUUGGCGAAGCAUAGCUUCUGUCUGUCAUCUUUUAUCUUCCACGCACCCCCCUAUCCAGGUUGGGACCCUCUUGCUGGCCAAGAGCCCCUGGCAGACGUGCUGCUCUUCUCACUGAGGAGGGGAGGUGGGUGCCCACUGUCCCUCUGCUGACCACAGUGGCAUUCAGCCUGGAACACUAUGCCCAGCAUGGCCCAUCCUGCACAGGUGCCAUGGGCUCCACGGAGCCCUGCCUGACUUGCUCCUAUUACGUUCUGGGCACUGAUGCCCUUGGGCAGCACUUCUCCAGGCAGAGCCCCCAGGCCACGCACUCCUGUUCCCCUGCACCUGGGGCUCUUGGCAGGCUGCCACCCCUGGUCAGCCUGGGGCAUCUCAGUCCCUCAGCCCCACAGGGCCUGCUCUGCAGCCCGGGCCUCAAGAGCUGUCUCUGCAUGCCGAGCCAAAUCUGGCUGCCUAUCAGCUCCCCGCCUACCCAGGCUGUGCCCUGCCCUACCCGUGGCUCUUCCUAGGAGUCCCCUGUGGCCUUCCCUGGGCUUGCUGGACUGAUUCCCUCCUGUGACUCAAACAGAGCUCGCCUCUGUUGUCCCUGCUGUCCCUGCCAGCCGGUGCUAGAGGCCAGGGUCUGUGUACCCUGCGUCUGCCACUCUGGGCAGGGCUGGGCUCUGACCAACCUGGGCUUCCAGUGUCCACAGACCUGAGGCCCAGGGCACCUGGGGGUGAAGAAAGAGAAGCAAAAGGAGCAAAGGGUGGGGUGUGGGCUUCUCAUGAGGGCUCAGCCCCAGUUCAGCCUGGCAGGGGCCCUCUGAGGGAGCUUGAGGGUCCCAUACCUAGGACCCCUGCCGGGCCAGUAGCCAGCGUUGGGAGCCUCAGCCUCCCCAUCUCCUGUCCUCUGUUUCUCCCACCUCUUGCCCCCUUUCUCCUGGCCUGGUCCCACCCGAGUCCCUGUCUUGGCCUGCGUGAGCUGGGGCGGCACUGAGCUGGGGGCCAAUCGCCUGGGCGGCGGUGGGAGGCAGGGCCGGGAGCCGGCCGCCGGGUUUGGGCCUGGCCCCGAGCUGCGAUAUUGAUGGCCCGUCAGUGCGGCCCUGAUUCCUGUGCUUUCAGUUAAAAGGUUUCUGUUGUUGUAGCUUAUGCAGUUGCUCUGUUGCUAUGGAAACGUGACAUCAAAAUGACGUUUCCCGUUUAAAAGCUUUUAACUAAAUUCCUGCCUGUCAGAUGUAGGCCCCAUUUUGAGCGUGGAGCUGCCUUCGAGCGAGCGCGAGCGGUGCCUCCCGCCCAUGGUGCGUGGGGCCGGGCCGGGGGCCUCGCUGAGCGCGCUCUCUAACCCCGUAGGCGCCUCCAGCAUGGCAGCGGCCGAGGUGCCCGGCUACCUCGUGUCUCCCCAGGCGGAGAAGCACCGGCGGGCCCGCAACUGGACGGACGCCGAGAUGCGCGGCCUCAUGCUGGUCUGGGAGGAGUUCUUCGACGAGCUCAAGCAGACCAAGCGCAACGCCAAGGUGUACGAGAAGAUGGCCAGCAAGCUCUUCGAGAUGACGGGCGAGCGCAGGCUGGGCGAGGAGAUCAAGAUCAAGAUCACCAACAUGACCUUCCAGUACAGGAAAUUAAAAUGCAUGACAGAUAGCGAGUCCGCCCCGCCCGACUGGCCCUAUUACCUAGCCAUUGACGGGAUCCUGGCCAAGGUCCCUGAGUCCUGUGAUGGCAAACUGCCGGACAGCCAGCCGCCGGGACCCUCCACGUCCCAGACCGAGGCGUCCCUGUCGCCGCCCGCUAAGUCCACCCCUCUGUACUUCCCGUAUAACCAGUGCUCCUACGAAGGCGGCUUUGAGGACGAUCGCUCCGACAGCUCCUCCAGCUUACUGUCCCUUAAGUUCAGGUCGGAGGAGCGGCCAGUGAAGAAGCGCAAGGUGCAGAGCGGCCACCUGCAGAAGAAGCAGCUGCGGCUGCUGGAGGCGAUGGUGGAGGAGCAGCGCCGGCUGAGCCACGCCGUGGAGGAGACCUGCCGCGAGGUGCGCCGCGUGCUGGACCAGCAGCACAUCCUGCAGGUGCAGAGCCUGCAGCUGCAGGAGCGCAUGAUGAGUCUGCUGGAGAGGAUCAUCGCCAAGUCCAGCGUCUAGGCCGGCGGGCUGCGGCAGGGCCGGGCGGGGCUGGGCAGCUGGUGGUGCUGAUGGGGCCACCCAGCCCGGGCCACUCAGGCCAGGUGGGCACGGGGGCUGCCCUGUGAGUGGGGACCACCUUCCACCUGGCCUCUGGCAGGAUCCCUUCUGAGGGGUGUUUUGAGGACCCUCCAGGCCCUGGGGACCAUGAGGCUCCAGUCUCCAGCAUGAAUGCCCUUCCUCGGACACAGGCCAGGGUUCACUUCGAGGAAGGACGUCCGAGAUCCACUCUCCAGUGUCGUUACUAUCCAUGACACUUGAAAUGGCUUUGCUAUGAAGUGUAUACUUUUUCGUUCUUGCCUGGAAA